AUGGGCUCGGAAGAAUUGAAAAAGAGGAAACAAAGUCCAUUUGCAUCUCCUGAACGUGGAAAUCGCGCGACAGUAGCUGGUAACAAAGGCACAAGCUCGGCGGUAACGUCUUGCUCUAACAGCAGAACGACCAAUAUUAAGAAGCGGUAUAAAUUUGCUCCUCUUGAUACAUUAUGCAAGAAAUCAAAGAGCCUUCAAGAUGAAGGGAUUAUGCAAAACUCUCUAUCUAUUUCCCAAGUGCGUCAAUCAAGAAAAAGAGAUAACACUGCGCCGCCUGUCAUUGCGUUUGACUGCAAUGGCACUAAGAGAGCAGAAGAACCCCAGAAGCGCGCUGAAGGAGCUUUACACGAACUCGAUGCCCCCGAAGAGGUGGUCUGGAAAUACUCCCCGAAAAAACCUCAGGCCUUUGACGGCGAGCAAGGUUUUCGCUCGCCCUCAGAUGACAGUUUGAUCGAGCAAGCUGCCAAAGAAUCAUCUACACCAAUUGUUCCUAAUAGAUAUAGCCGCGUUUUGAAUUUCUCUCACAUAAACGCCGCGCAUAGUCGAAAUGAUGGCACUUGGCCAUUGGAGUCUAGAGAGUCACCUCUAAAACAAUAUCCCCAUCCAAAGAAUUUUAAUAGACCAUCUUCAUCUCGACCAUCGACAAGAGAUAUUGAGGAGAUCAUAAACGACAUCGAAGGCGGUUUUGGACUAAAACCCGCAUUCCAAAACAAGGAUAUUCCAUCGUCUCCAACACAGAUGGUAUCCCAAAGGCUGCUUGCCAAGAAAGAGUCUGAUGAAUUAGGGAGAACAAACAUUUCAUCAUCAUCACCAGUUCAUUUAGAGACUCGAGAUCAAGAUAUUAAAGGCAAUGAUAAUGAAAAGGAUAAUGAUUACGAAAGUGACGACAAUAACAACGACGAUCAUGACGAUGAUGAUGAUGACUCCCUCAUCGAUGCACUUACACAGAAAUAUGGAGAUGCAGGUGAACUUAACAAAGAAGGCUCAAGUCUAAAUUCAGUGAUAAAGUCUAGUGUUGAGCCCCACAAUAAUGCAGCAUCUGAUGGAACUUGCGAUGACUCAUUAAUAGAAUAUUUGCAAGAAACAGAAAAUACGUUGAGAAAUAGAAAGCCAUCUGUUCAAGAAUCUCAAGUUGAAGCAGAAAUUGAAACUGUUGAGAAGACUUUUUCACAAACCUUCACUGUCAACGAAGGUGCUUCGGGUGCCAUGGGACAGGAUAAUGAGAUCAGUGAAUUUAUCGAAAGAGCAAAGUUUGCUGUUUCGAGAAGUGACAUGAGAAGAUUGGUAAUUUUGAAGAGCCAGAUCCAAACUUAUGACGGCAACGCCCAACAAAAGAUUGUCACAUGUAUUGAUGAUGUUGGAGCCAUUAGCAAACUUAUUAUUCGACAGCCGUGGUUUGAACUCGACUUCAAGCGUGGCGACGUGCUCCACACUAUACCUGGUCAAAAUUCUACUAAUAAAAGUCUUUUUUCAAGCGAUGUUGAUCCUCUAACCCUUAAAAUGAACGAUAAUUUGCUUAUCCUCAAUCCGGACAUAUUACUACCAGCUACUACUGUAGGGAGGGCUAUUGAAUGUGAAAGAAGAGCGAUUAUUUGCAAUCAAAUUAGUGGACCGGGUGAGCCUAGUCUUCCUGCGCUCGUCGGAAGUAUUGUUCAUGAACUUUUACAAUCCUGCUUGAGAUAUAAGCUUGACCAUCAACGUCUAAGCGAUGAUUUUGUUACAUCUACCCUCACCUCACUUUUAAAAUUUUAUGCGUCAGAUAUCAUAAUGUGCCAAACAACCACCGAAGCCCUAUCGAGGCAAAUUGUCAACGAACAUGUUCCAAACGUCAAGAGCUUCAUUGACCAAUACGUGAGAAGUAGCCAUGCAAAGUCUACGAAAGCUAGAGGUCAUUACAAAUACACUGAACCUUUAACUAUAUCAAAUAUUAUUGAUAUUGAGGAAAAUAUCUGGUCCCCAAUGUACGGACUAAAAGGCUUCAUAGAUGCGACUGUUGAGGUGCAAUUGCCUAAUAAUACAAGAUUCAUAUCUCCCUUGGAGCUCAAAACAGGCAAGACUAAAGCAAUUUCUCAUGAAGCUCAAGGAAGUAUUUACACGCUCUUGCUUAACGACAGAUAUGAGCUUCCAGUUCAAUUUUUCCUUCUCUUUUACACAAAGUCUAAUGACUUUAGGAGGCACAAUGCAGUUCUUACUUCAUUAAAACACUUACUGGUAUUAAGGAAUAGAGUAACGAAUUAUUUGACUCACGAACUUACUGAAAUGACAACACUCACAUCAGGAAAGUCUGAGUUACCUCCCAUUCUCGGCAGCUCCGUUUGUGACAAUUGCUAUUCAAAAACUGAGUGUAUGGUUCUCAAUAAUCUUUGUGACAAUGGAACUGCAGCUGACAGCGGGUUGAAGGAAGGCGAGUAUGACAUGUUAACCGGCCAUUUAGACCAAAAUCAUCAGCGAUACAGGGACUUUUUCACUAAAUAUGAAGGUCUUAUCAAGAAAGAGGAAUCGAGUUUGAAUGGCAUGAAUAGGGAAGUUUUUCUGCUCGACAGUACGACAAGAGAGUCGCUCAGUGGUAAAUGUCUGAGCAAUUUGAUAAUCAAACAAUCUGAUGAGCAUGAAACAAGCAAAACAAUUCAAUAUACCUUUAUCAGGAAGAAUGACGCCGCCAAUUUGCCGCUAAUGACAAAUUCACAACUUUCAAAAAAUGAUAUCGUGAUUAUAAGCGAUGAAUGUGGUCAUUUUGCACUGUGUACAGGCCGUGUAGCGUCAAUAUCAAGCCAAGAGGUGUCAAUCAUGACUUCACGCAGACUUGAAAGUAAUAAUAUUCAUACACCAGGAUUUGAGAAGAAUACUAACCAAACUCUCAAAACGGUCCUCAUGCCAACAAGUCGCUCCAACUCAGUUCAGCAAAAAUCUAUAACGUAUCGGAUCGACCGAAAUGAGGUGCAGCAAGGGAUGGCUCUUGCUCGUUUCAAUCUACUAAACUUAUUCCUACCUCCUAUUUCUCCUGGUACAACGAAAAUGGAUGAGAUAUCGGGGGCAAAUCUUGAUCUCAAAGCUUCCUGGGGAGGCGAUUCGAAGAGAAGGGAACUUAUUGUCGACGAGCGGCCACCCCAAUAUGUUCCUGGGACUCUGCCACCAUUAAUUAAGUUUGAUGAAACGAAUACCAAAAAUUUCAACGAAGAUCAGCGAGCUGCUUUCGAGAAGGUUGUAAGAGCAGAUGAUUAUGUUCUAUUAUUAGGCAUGCCUGGCACAGGGAAAACAACCCUUAUAGUGGAUAUCGUUAAGACUUUGGUAGCAAAUGGAAAAACCAUAUUACUAACCUCAUAUACACAUUCAGCUAUCGACAACAUUCUUAUCAAAUUGAAGAAUGCAAAUGUUAAUAUCAUGAGGUUGGGACACAAGCAUCGUGUGCAUCCAGAGGCACAACAGUUUGUCACAGAUCUCACAGGCGCUGAAACAUUUCAGGAUCUGGCUGAAAUUACUGACAAAGCCCAAGUGGUUGCCACUACGUGUUUGAAUAUACACGAUACACUACUAUCAAUUAGGCGUAAAGACUUUGAUUAUGUAAUAGUCGAUGAGGCCAGUCAGUUGUCAUUGCCAAUGUGCUUAGGGCCCUUAAAGUUCGCGCCUAGGUUUGUCCUCGUUGGUGACCACUAUCAGCUCCCACCUUUGGUCAAAAACGAUGCUGCGCGAGUAGGUGGUUUAGAUGCUUCUUUAUUCAAGAUCUUAUGCGAUAAGCAUCCAAACUCUGUUGUCGAACUAACUCACCAAUACCGCAUGUGUCAAGAUAUCAUGACCCUUUCAAACUAUUUGAUUUAUAAUGGAAAGCUAAAGUGUGGAAACGAUAUGGUUAGAGACCAAACUUUAGAUGUCCCACAUCCACAUGUUCUGGACAAAUGGAAACGGUCUGGCACUUCUGAAAGCUGGCUACAAAACGUAGUUGACAGCACCAAAAAAGUUAUGUUUUUGGAUCAUGAUAGCAGCGAUGUUUUUCAAGAGGUGGCAGAAAAGGACAACAUUAAAAAUUACGGCGAGGCUGAGAUUGUCUGGCAAUGUGUUACAGCCAUGGUUGAAAGCGGAGUGCAGUACAAAGAUAUCGGGGUGAUGACUUUGUACCGGGCCCAAUUGCGGCUCUUGCGAAAAUUGCUCAAUUCUGAAGAGAAUUCUGAUCUGGAAAUUUUGACUGCUGAUCAAUUUCAAGGCCGUGAUAAGCAGUGUAUUAUAAUAUCAAUGGUUCGCAGUAACGAUCAACUCAAUGGUGGCAGCUUGCUUCGAGAGUUACGUCGUGUUAACGUUGCGAUGACCCGUGCUAAGUCCAAGCUAGUAAUUAUCGGAUCAAGGAAAACUGUGAGCUCAGUAGAAAGUUUAAGAGGUCUCAUGGUGCUGUUGGAGGCGCAAGGCUGGCUUUACUCAUUGCCACGCGACUGUUUGGAGUGCUAUGAUCUACCUCGACCUCAAAUGUCCCAAAAAUUGCAUCCUACAGAGCCAAAGAGAGCCCCGCGCAAAAAUGGCAAUAUCACUGCUAACUCGAAGUUCGUUCAAGACAAGCCUGUUGUCCGCGAUAUUCUCAAUGGUAUGUGA